CUCACAUUGUAGAAAAUGGCGGAGGUGAAGGGGUUGGAGGUUUUACAAGAAGAAUUAGAACGAGCAAAAUAUAAAUUAAGAGAUGUCAACGAAAACAUUAAAAAGCUAACAGGACGAGAUCCAGAAGAGCAAAGAAAUUUCGGAAGACGUGACUUUGCGAGUCCAGAUGCCAGGGGUCGUGGCUGGGGGCGUGGUGCACAACUUGGUCGGAGGCGGUUGUCGGAUGACGGUCCAGCAGCUAAGAGACGCUUAUUGACUGGAGCUUUUGCUAGACUUGGUGCCCGACCAGUGGUGCCUGGACGACAGCAGCGAGAGGAUAGCUGGGACGAGGAUGAACCAGAAGAUGCACCGGCUAUCCAGUCAACAGUUGUGGCCGCUGGUAUGAAACGGACUCGCAAGGACAUGAUCCGCGAACAGACAGAGGACCGGAAAGGAUUGGCCAGGAAUAAAAGGAUGUUUGGCCUUCUUCUUGGAACUCUACAGACUUUCAAACGAGAAGCUAAGGAAAAUAAAGAUAAGGAAGACCUGAGGAAGCAGAUUGAGAGCAAGUUGGAGGAGAAGGCUCGCACUGAGCGUGCUCAGAUCCAGCAGGAGAGGAAGCAGCUCGUCCUCGAGAUGCAGCAUGAGCAGGCCAAGAUCAGCCGCCUCGAGCAGAAGAUGGAGCUAGUCCAGCAGCAUGACAUUUGGGAGCAGGAGACGAGGAAGCUGGAGAACUUUAUCUGUACUCAGACUCUGCCGCGCAUCUUCUUCCUGCCGAAAUCUCACACAACAUCGACACUGGCCAAACUGAAGGAUUCCAGCAAGGUGGUGGAGGAGAUGAUCUCAGACAGACGCGUCUUGAUGGAGAAAGAAAUUGAAGAACUGAUGCGUUUGGAACAGGAGAGAGAGGAGAGGAUUCGAAUGAGGAAGUGCGAGAGAUUGUUGUCUGGGCCUGAGGGCCGCGGCGACGAGGAAGAACACAUGCAGGAGGAAGGUGAAGAGAAAGAAAAUCAAAACGAUGAUGACGACGACGUUGGUGAGGAUGAGGAUGAUGAGAGCAUGGAAAACGAAGAUUUUAGUAAAACUAGACGUGAGGAGGAGGGGGAGGAAGGUGUAAGCUUCAACAAAGAGAAAGGAGACUCAGCAUGGAAGGGUGAUGAGGAGAAAGGUAUUUCCGGUGGGGAGCGGGAAGGAGGCGACUCGAGGGAGGGUCAGGGUAGAGAGUCGUGUGAUGACGAGAAGGGUAAGUCUUCUGAUGGCUUGAGAGAACGCGAGCUGCUUGAGGAUGUGCAGCAGGCUGGUGACCACAGGCAGUUCAUUAGUGCUGACUCGGAGGAAACCCCUUUGGUGGAGAAUGGGGAUGAAUCCGGGGAGGGUUUGUUGGUCAAAGAAGAUGGAAAGGGAAAGGAUAGUUCCAAGGGUGAGAGGAAUGGCCUUGAGGAGGGUGCAAAGAAAGAGAGGUCCAGAGAGAAAGAUGAGAGUGAGGCUGUGGUUAGAAAGCAUGGAAGAGAGAGGUUGGGAGAUAGGGACAAGAGUGCAAGUAAAGGGAAAAAGACUGAUACGGAAAAAUCCAAAGAAAGAAAUAGAAGUAGAUCAGGGGAUAAAACCAGGAGCAGGUCAAGGGAUAGAUAUAGAAGUAGGUCAAGGGAUGGAGAUACAGAGAGAAGUAGGUCCAGAGGGAUAGAGAAUGAGAAGAGUGGUGAUAAAUUGAAAAAGACUCAUAAAGAAAAAUCCAAAGAUAGGGAAAGGAAUGUAUCAGGAGAUAGAAGCAAGUCGAGGGAGAGAGAUACGGGUAGGUCGUCUAGAGGGAAGGAGAGGAGCAGGUCAAAAGAAAGAAGUGGAGAGAAAAUGAAAAAGAACAGAGAAAAGUCAAAGGAUAGAGAGAGGAGCAGGUCACGGGAUAAGAGUAGGGAGAGAAAAAGAGAUAGGAGUAGGUCACCUGAUAGGAGUAGGGAUUUAAUUAAAGAUAGGAGCAUGUCAUGUGAUAGGAGUAGGGAUAGAAUUAAAGAUAGGAGCAGGUCACGUGAUAGGAGUAGGGAUAGAAUUAAAGAUAGGAGCAGGUCACGGGAUAGGAGUAGGGAUAGAAAAAGAGUGGGGAGCAGGUCACGGGAUAGAAGUAGGGAUAGAAAACAAGACAGAAGUAGGGAUAGAGUUAGAAAGAGGGAAAGUUCACGAGAAAGACACCAUGCUGACAGAAAGAAGCGACAUGAUAGCGAGAAGGACAAGGAUGCUCGGAAAAAGAGUAAAGAUGAGCGUCACAGGAGUCGGGACAAGGAGAGUCGCAGGAGGAGGACCAGUGAACGACAGGGCAGUGUUGACUUGGACCUCAAACAGAGACGUGACUCGGAGGUGAAGGACAGAGAGGCUAAACAGCUACAGGUGAAGUCUGCUAACAGUGAGACUGACAGAGACACAGGUGAAGCAGAGUUACACGGGGAGCAGUACAUGCUGCCACAAGUAGACAUCAGCAGCAUCAGACUACCAGACGAAGAUCCGAGGACAGUCAGCACACCAAGUCAGAAACCCACUACUGACAUGGAUGCAAACCAGUCUCAGAAUGCAAGUGAAAAAAAACAUCGCAGGGUUAACCGUUGGGACAGGACUACUAAAGAGGCAGGUGAUGAUGCCAAGAAAAGUGGCUUUGAGGAGGAAAAUGUUGAACUGUGGGAUUCUGCUCAGGCUGCAAAACUCUCCGACAGCCAGAGAAGAAUUCAGAUGGCCGAGGAUGAAGAAGAUGAUGAUAAUCAGGGUGUGGACGAGUGAAUCAUUGUAAUCAGGGUGUGGACGAGUGAAUCAUUGUAAGCAGGGUGUGGACGAGUGAAUCAGGGUGUGGACGAGUGAAUCAUUGUAAUCAGGGUGUGGACGAGUGAAUCAGGGUGUGGAUGAGUGAAUAAUUGUAAUCAGGGUGUGGACGAGUGAAUCAGGGUGUGAAUGAGUGAAUCAUUGUAAUCAGGAUGUGGACGAGUGAAUCAGGGUGUGUUAGAUGAGUGAAUCAUUGCAUCAGGGUGUGUUAGAUGAGUGAAUCAUUGCAUCAUGGCGUGUUAGAUGAGUGAAUCAUGGUGUGGAUGAAUGAUUCAUUAGUUUCACAGCCUUUGAAAUGAUUUGGCUAUUAAUUGUUGCAACUUGGGUUCGGAUGAGUCGAUUGUUUCACGGCCUUUCAAAGUAGUUGGUUGAUCAUUGUACUUGGAUUAUGCAGAGGUCUUGCUACAUGUCAUAAGCAAUGGCGGGCCAGCCAUCUCUUAAGACUAAUUUCCAAUACGCCCACCAUCCAUUGGCAGCGAUAGUAAUAUCCGCCAUCCGUUUAUUUAGGCCACCAUCCAAAAUCACAAGUAAUGCCAUCAUCUUGAACUACCAGAGUAAUCAGAUUCAUCGUCUUUACAAGACAUUUUUGAAGUACAUGUACCCUGCAAAUCUUAGGUACCAUCCCUUCCUAUAAGUGGAACCAGCUCUACCGAUUUCCUCCAUCCCUUUCCUGAAUACUGGAGAGACCACUGGUAUGGAUGUGUGAAUUAAUCAUUUCAGUCUUUUAGAGCAGAUGGCUGAUGAACACUGUAAAGGGAUGUAGAUGUAUUAAUUAUUUGGCUAUUUCCUAACAUUUCUAAACAUGGUUGUAAUCAGGAAGUAGAUGUUUGAAUAAUUUGUCUGUUUUCUAACUUUUUUAAAUCAGGUGGCUAACGAUCCUUGUAAUAAGAGUGCAGAUGAGAGAAUGACUUCCCAUCCUUUCAAAUAGAUUAUCGCAAUCAAUUUAUGGAUAAUUUGCCUGUUUCUCCAAAUUUUCACGCUAUGGAUGGGUGAAUGAUGUCUUAAAUUUUCAAUUAUUUGUCAGUUCAGUGUUAAGUGAUCAGUUUUCAAAGCAUUGUUACUGUCUGCUGUCACCUGUGUAUUUUUCUUACAUUAUGGCUUUUGGAACAUCUAGAAAUAUAACAUGUUGAAUAACACAAUUACUGGUUUGAGAAUUUGUGUGUGUGUGUGUGUGUGUUUAAGUGAGAGACUACUACAGAUUGCUACAGAACCCAUAUCUCCCAUCAACCAAUACAUAUUGUGUAUAAAUAAUGAUUUCAACUUGUUGUUUGGAUUUGUUCCCCAUGGAGAUGACAGCAAACCGUCUGAUGAUCUCAGUUUCUAGCUGCCUAUGUUGGCAGGUCGGUUCCUAUUGAGUGUUGGUUCAUAGAUGGCAGGGCCAACACUGUUGUUGGUAGUCUAAGACAUAAUAAUCAGUGUGGCAGCAUGCUAUGGAUGUGAGAGGUUUAUGUGGUGUGUGUGCUGCUGUCCCCUUCACAUGACAGUUUUAUCUUGUAUUUAGAUCAGCUGUUAAUGUUAGACAAACAUAUAAACAUUGUAUCAUGACUUCAUUUCAUCAAGUCGUUAUGUCAGCUUUCAUAUGUACUCGCUUUUAUGUGCAUUGCUUGUCAGUGUUUGACAUGCAUAAUUAUGUUUAAUUUUUAUAACAGUGUCAAUAGUUAAUAAGUAGUUUUGAUCAUAGUGAAAAAAGACAUGUAUUUUAUUACUUGUUUUCCGUAAUACAUCUGCUGCCUUCUGUCUUAUCUACAUUAUGCAUUGUAUAAACAUUAUAUUGACUGGCUAUGAUAGUCCCUGUAAGAUAAUGUAGGUCACUCUGCCAUGUACUACUUUUAGUGUUAUACAGUUGGUAUAGGACAUGUACUUGCUCACUGUCCAGGUUUAUUCUGUGUAUCAGUAUAUCUUUGUUAAUGUGGACAUGCAUCGAGGAGACUCGUGCAUUUUUAGAUUGUAAUGGUAAACAAAUGCAUCUGUUGUAUCAUGAACUAGCCAAUUGUUAGGGUGGGUGUGUUUUUCACCAGACAAAGAAUUUCCUAUUUGCAGACCCAGUUGUUGUUUAUUGGCCUAAUUAAAAGGAUUUGUUCUCUUUGUUGUGUGUCAAACAGCUGGCUCAUUUCAAUUGUAGAUAAUAGCUCUUCACAUCUGUUUUCUGUCUUUUUGUUUUAUUGUUUGAAACAUUUUACAUCCACAGUGAAACAUCUGUCAGUCUUUAAAAUAAGUUUAACUUAACAAUAUCGUGAUUAAAUUGUAUUAUUUAUGAAA